CUAUGGCUUUAACGUAUCCAAUUUUUAUCCGAAUUGGAGAGUUUCUCAGAAAAUUGUCCAGAUCGCCGGAUUCCGCAAAGCGGUCCCCCACCGAGUUAGCUACCCUUCUUCAUACCCUUGUUGAGGCAAAUGGACUUCAAAUCGCAGCCAUUGGAACAUCCUGUCUCAGCGUUAUUUCAAGCAUGCCAAACAUAAAGAGUGAAGCCUUGGAUGAAAAUAGAGUCGCUGUAGAAGCACAAAUGGUCCUGGCGAAAAAUUCGAUAGCUUGGGCUAUGAAGGCAAUUUCGCCGCUGUUGUUACUCUUUUACAUCAAAGUUAACAUGUCUGUCCAAGAGACUCCAGAGAUGAGAGGUCCAAGACCAAAACCAAAACCGGUAUCCAACGACAAACCCGAAGAUGCCAUAGUUAUUCCAAUUAUUCCAACUGCACGAGGUGACGACCAAUCGAUGGAUGAAAUCCAACAGGAAAUUGCUGCCACGCCGAAUACUCCGUAUCAAAACGCACUACAUGAUAAUUACGCUUUGAAAUAUUAUCAGAAACCGGCAGAACCGCAGAAUUUUGUCUACUACUUUUACGCCAAAGAAGGACAAGAAUUGUCCGCCCUUUUAACUGAUAUGCGAACCAAGUACGAGAAUUAUGUCCACAGCGCAAUGGACAACAUUAAACAGCCCGUGAAAGACAAAGUUUCAGAAUUUGUUACCAAAUAUCAUGAUGCUCGCAAGCCUACGGUGCCCAGCGACGACAUGGGCGUGUCGGAUAUCAACUUUCGUGACGAUAUUUCCAAGAUAUUUUCCGGACUGGAUAUGAAAUUACGUGAUAAUUUGGCCACAUUGACGAGGUAUUUCGAAUUUACCAAAAAUAUGGAAUCUCAUUGGAACUAUCGAAUCAAAAAGAAUAUGGAGCUCGACCAGGAUGCCGUGCUUGAAGUGUCGAUUGAAAUGAUGGGGACAACUGUGGCCCUCACGUACCCAAUUUUCAUCAAGAUUGCUGAAUAUAUCGUCGAUAUAAUGAAAACUAACAAGGUCACCACCGGUCAACUUUCACCAAACAGCUUGGUGGAACGGUUUAAAAAGUUUUCUUUUCUCUUGACCACGGAAAUGGCAGCCAUUGGGAUGUCAUGUACCACACUUAUGGCACAAAUUCCCAAAGCGACUCGUGAAUCUGUAUCUACACGGACAAUAAGAUUAGCAAAUGAAACCAAAAUUGCUGACGGAGCAAUUUCUUGGGCAAUGAAAGCAGUUUUUCCGAUCAUGAUGAUUUACUUUCUCCAAUAUGAAUCAGCAUAAGUUCUGCGGUUUAAAUUUGAAAUGCAUCCCAAAUUCCAAAACAAUUUCUGGUAAAAAAUAAAACCAUGUAAUUUUACAAUGUUUAUGUGAACCUUGAAGAUAUAUGUACUUUGUUUUGUACUAUUAUUUCCAACGGGUUAGCCAAUCUUAAAAUUUUGAUCAUAUCACAUACAGGAACGAUUAUAAUUAGACAUGCAGAGGAA